AUGAUUUCCCUUUUCCUUCACCUUGCUCUUUUUCUAGAGCUCGUUUCGUCUCUCAACAUCCCAACACAGAAUAACGAGAGGGGUCCAGCAUUACUCAACUUGGUAGCAGCGCCUCAUAACGUUCCCGUAUCCAAAGUUCGACGACAAGGUUCUCAACUCCAGUCAAGAGGCUUGCACAGAAGACAUGAAUCAAACAGCACUCUAAUCCGCCCCACCAACUCUAAUCUCCAAUAUGCAGUCGAGGUCAAAUUUAAUGGGGUUCCUCGCUACUUGCUACUCGAUACUGGUAGCUCUGACACAUGGAUGUUUGCCGAAGAUUUCCAAUGCAAAAACGCAAAUGGGACUUCUGUUCCACAAUCUCAAUGUAAAAUCGGCCAGCCCUACACGGGAGAAGGUCUCGAUAUUAUCAAGGGGGAGACUUUCUCUAUUAUCUAUGGCAAUAAUGAAAACCCCACUGGCCCAAUGGGGUACGCAGAUGUUUCAGUUGCCGGUCUAACUGUCGAAGGUCAACAAGUUGCAUUGGUCGACAAUGGAUACUGGCAGGGUGACGGUGUUCUCAGCGGCGUUUUCGGUAUUGGUGAUCGUGGUCUGACGUCUGCCUAUACUCCUGGCUCUGAUCUGCCUCAUGAGUAUACACCUAUCUUCGAGUCCCUGUAUAACACAACCAGACAGGUCAAUCCUCUCUUUAGUUUGGCUCUACAGCGAGGGGAGGCUGGAGGCUACUUGGCACUGGGUGGCCUUCCACCAGUAGACUUUAAACCAGAUUUUGUGACCACCAAGAUGUUGGGCAUCCCCUAUGGAACAGAGGGGGGAACACGUGCUUUUUACUCAAUCGAAGCUCCGGGGUAUACGCUGAAUGGGAAGACGCAUAAUGAAAGCUUCUUCGCGAUUGUUGAUAGCGGGACAUUUGUCAAUCGAUUCCCGACUGAUGCUGCAGAUAAAAUUAACGCUGCAUUUAACCCACCUGCAAUAUACAUCCCAUCAGCAGAUUUUUACGUAACUUCAUGCAAUGCCACAGUCCCAUCUUUCGGUAUCAGUAUCGGAGACAAAACAUUCCAGAUAAACCCCACCGAUAUGUGGUUGGUAGACGAGCCUACUGGCCUGUGUGCGACAAGUAUUACUCGUGGAUUUCCUCUAAGCAAGGACAGCUAUCCAGAUGGGUUAUAUGUUCUUGGAGAUGUUUUCUUGCAUAAUGUGGUGGUUGUUUUUGAUGUGGGCAAUAAGCAGAUGCACUUUGCACCCCAUACUAAGUAUUAG